AUGAAUAUUAUUAUAAUUUCAUUGAUUUGUAUAGUAUAUGCACAACAUAGAGCAUGGUGUGAUACAGAUGAUAAUGGUAAAUUACAAUAUAUUGAAGAUCCUGAAUGGAAAUGUAUUUAUAAAGAAGAGAAUUAUACAUAUCAUGGAUUUAUAAUUGCUUCAAAUGAUAAAAAAGAGAUAUUUGAAGUAUAUCCAGACUGUUGUUCACCUCAUGAAGAUGAAAGACAAACUUGGAGAAAUACAUUUACUAUUAUAGAUGAUUAUAUUAUAAAACCAAAAGAAUUAAGAUUUGUUUUUGUUGGUAGAGAAUUUAAAAGAGAACAUACAUUAAUUACAAUUGAUGAAAAAUUAACAGGUAUUGAUUGGUAUAUUAAUACAGAUAAUAUCAUUCCUCGUUCUACUAUUACUCUUAAAGGUAGAAACGAAGAUACAGAAUUACAUCCAUACUAUAUUGAAGCUGUUACUUAUAGAUUCAAUAUUACUAGUCCAGCUACUAAUGUAAGAGAAACUGUUUAUUUGAAUUUUACAGCAGGAUUUUCACCAUUUGUAAAUAUAAGUGAAAAUAUUCAAGUUAAAUUAAUAAACCAAAGUGAUGAUAUUGAUGAAUGUCAAUACAGAUAUACUAAAAGUAGUUCUGUAUUUAAUAUGGGAACAGAUAAUUCUAAUUUAAAAGUAAUUAAUAUUUGUAGUGCUGGUAUUCAUCAAAGAAUGGCAAUUUGUAAAAAAGAUGUUCCAGACAAUUAUAUAGAUUGUAGUUGUCAAUAUGAAAAUUUUGAGUAUGUCAAUCAUGCAAUGGAUUGUACUUAUCUUAGUAAAUAUUAUAUAUUUAAAGCUCGUCCAUUACAAGAAUUUAUUCCACAUGAAUAUUUAUGGAAUAGUUUAAGUACUGAAGGUGUUGAAACUCAACUUACUAUUCCUAAAGGAAAGAAUAUGACAUUUCAAGGAAAUGUUGUGUUACCAUCUGCACCUUUAUUUAUUUCUGGAACAAUUUAUUUUGUUGGAGGAAUAACUAUACAAAGAACUGAUGCUUUAUAUGACCUUGGUAACUUCUUUAUUUCAAAUAUAAAUAUUGAAACAAAUAUAGAUGAAUCUCCUAUAUUUUUUAUUGGUAAAUGUGCUAUGGAUCCAAAUGAAUGUGACAAAUUAUUUAAGGAAAGUAGAAUAAAAGAAGAAAAUUGUGGAGGUACAAAGUCAAGAUUUAUUCCAUAUAGUAGUAAUCUUGGGUGUAAAUGUGUACAAAAAGGAAAAAAUACUUAUAUUCAAUCUGAUUGUUCUAUUUCAUCAAAACAACGUUUAAAUAGACUAGAAUUAGUACUUACAGGAGAUUAUGAAAGUGGAAAUGAUUCUGUUUAUUGGAAAAGUUUAAAUAUAAAUCCAUUGAAUAUUCCACCAAAUAACAGUAUUUCUAUAACUGGCAAAGAAAUAAUUAUUGAAGGAGAUUGUAAUUUUACAAGUCUUAAUACAGUUCAACUUCAUAGCAUAUUAAGGUGUGGUAGACUUAUUAUGAGUUCAAAAACACGAAUUGUUGGAUAUAAUGGAAGUGAACUAAGAACAUAUUCUAUUGAUAUUGAUGGUGAAGUAAAUAAUCUUAAUGAAGAUGCUCUAAUUCAUAUGUCUGAAGGAAAGUUUUCUUCAGACAGUUCUUUAGUAUUAACUCUUACUACUACAAACACUAAAUGCUUUGAAUUAGCAAGCUCUUUUCUUGACUUAAAUUAUGGAAUGAAUGGUAUUAAUGUUACUGAUAAUGAAUAUACACUUCUAGUUCUUGACAGAAUAGUUAGAGUAUGUCCUAAAGAUAAUUUAGAUGAUGAAAUUAAAUGUUAUCCAACUGAGUCCAGUUUAGAAUCAUUUAAAUAUGACCAAUGUCCAUGUGAUGGAGAGCAUUGUUUCUAUUAUAUGGAUAAAUUGAGAUAUAAACAUAUUAUGCUUCAUAAUGAUAGGUCAUUAACAGGUACUAUUAAUGCUGACUCAGACUUAACUAUUGGUUCUUAUGGACAUGCAUCUAUUCUCAGUAUUAAUGCAACUAAUAGCAUAACACUUACACUAAAAGGAGAUUUAACUUUUAGCUAUAUAUCAAAAUUAUGUAACACUUUCAUUGUUGAUGGUGGGAAGGUAGUGGUUAGUGGAAAUGAAAUACAAGUCCUUGUCAUUUCUAAUAAAGGUAGUAGUUCUAUUACGUUUACUAGCAAAAUAGCUUUUAUUAAGUUAGAUGCUAAAAAAUCUAUUGAUAUUAAAAUGAAUGAUGGAAUUGUGUCAAUGCAGACAGGAAGAUUAAAUGAUCUUAACGGUAAAAUUGUAGCAGACAAAACAGAAGGGUGUAUGAUUGGUGCAUUUUCUAGUAAUAGUUACAGUUGUCUAAGUUGUGGAGAAGGAAUAAUUAAUGGAACAUGUGUUUCACAUGUUGAAGUUGAAAACUGCCAGUCAUAUCACACUUUAGGUCAUUGUAUUGAAUGUGUUAAUGGUUAUUUUCUUAGUGAUAAGUGUUUACCUUGUUCAUCUAAUUGUAAUAAAUGUAUUAAUAAUAAUCAAUGUUUACAAUGUAAAGAUGGAUAUAAAUUGUCAGAUGGUCAGUGUAAAGAAGAAACUGCUUCUGAUUGUUUACUUUAUUAUAAUAAUAAGUGUGUUAAAUGUGAGGAAGGUAAAUAUUCUAUCGAUAAUAUUAAUUGUAAAGGGAAUUGUGGAGAGAAUUGUGUCCAAUGUUAUAAAAGUGAUAAUGAUAAAAGUAAAUGUACUAUAUGUGAAGAUGGAUUUGUUUUAUUUAAUAAUGAAUGUUUAAAUUCUUCUGAUGUUAGUAAUUCACAAUAUUUUAAUUCAAUUAUAGGUAAUACUGGUGUAGAAUGUAAAUCAGGUUAUGUUCUUGUUGAUGGAUCAUGUCAAAGUUGUUCUUCAUAUCAUCAUGAUGAAGAUUGUAAUGCAUGUGACUUAAAUCAAUGUCUAAGUUGUAAAAAUAAGUUAUUAUUAAAUGGUGUUUGUACAGUAAGUUCGGACAAUUGUAACAAUAUAACAAAUUCAAAAUGUUUCUUAUGUAAAGAACAGUAUUACAAAAAAGAAAAUUGUCAAGAAUGUGGGCAAGGUUGUAAAGUAUGCGAUGAAACAGGAACAUGUCUUGAGUGUAUUAAUGAAUCAGCUUUAUUAAAAGGAGGGAUAUGUGAAGAUAAAGAAACUAUUAAAACUCAAUCUAUAACAGAAAAUGAAUUUGAUAUAACAUCAGAAGAAUGUGAGAUUAUUCAUUAUGGUUCAUGUUUACGAUGUAAAGACGGAUAUUAUGCAUCAAAUGGAAUAUGUAAAAAAUGUAAUGAGAAUUGUGGUUCAUGUGUAAUCAAUUCAACGUAUUGUAUGUCAUGUCCAAGUGGUGGAUAUGUACUAAGUGAAAAUACUUGUUACUUAGGAAAUGAACUUGCAGUUUCAUGUAAACAAAAAACAUUAAGUAAAUUAGGGUGUGCUGUUUGUAACGAUGGGUAUUACAAAAAAGUUUCUUUAUGUUUCAGUUGUCCAAAUUCAAUGAAAACAUGUCUUGGACCAAACCAAGCAAUUAGUUGUAAAAAAGACUAUUUCUUAUACAAAAUGCAAUGUGAAGCUUAUGAAGAUCUUGAGCAUUGCAAUACAACAUAUGAAUAUGGUUGUCGUACAUGUGUUGAUGGGUAUUAUGUGUUUGAUUCUCAUUGUAUGAAAUGCAGAGAUAAUUGUCAUCAAUGUCGAGGAGAAGAAUGUAUUAUAUGUGAUAAUGAUUAUAUUAAUAGUGCAGGUGUAUGUAAAUAUUAUAAAACAAUAGAACAUUGUAAAGCAGCUAAUGGAAUUGAAUGUACUAAAUGUGAAAGCAAUUAUAUAGUCCAAAAUGGAGAUUGUAAAAAGAAAUCAUAUUGGUAUAUAUAUAUGAUUAUUGGAAUAUGUAUUCUUUUUAUUAUCUUAAUUUUUGUAGUUAUUAUAGCGUAUUAUUAUUUUAAGAAAAGUAUGAAAAUUAAACAAAAUGAUAUUAUGAAAAUUAAAGAUUUAAAAGAAAGAGACAUUGAGUUAGUUUAUGCUUGUGACUUUUUAAUAACAGACCAUCCUAGGUUUGAAUUUUUUGAUGACAACCAAUUAAUUGUUGGAGAAACAAGAGAAUUUAACCAAAUUAUUGGUAAUGUAGGAAAAGAAAGAAUUAAAUUACAACCAACUGUAGUUUUAAAUGAAAAAAUAGAAUUAACUGUAGAACCAAAGUUAGUUAUUUUAAGUAAAGGUAAAUGUGUUACUUUUCAUUAUACAAUUAAACCACUUUGUUCUACCCAUAUCACUGAGUCUGUUGUUAUUAAUAUUCUUCAUUUUAAUGAUAAUAGAGAAGAAUCUUUGAAAGUUGAUAUUGAAGGAAUGACUAAUAUUACUAAUAUACUUGAUUUUGAUGAACUAGAAAUAAAAAAGAAAGUUGGUGAAGGUUCUUUUGGUAUUGUCUAUAAAGGAUUUUUCAGAGGGGAGAGUGUUGCUAUUAAAACACUAAAGUCAGAUUCUAUGUUAGAUGAGCAAUUAGAUGAAUUUAAAAAAGAAGUGUCAAUGUUAGAUAAAUUUAGAAGUGAGUACAUAGUUCAUUUCUAUGGAGCAGUAUUUAUUCCUAAUAAAAUAUGUAUGGUAACAGAAUAUGCUAAGUAUGGUUCUUUAUUUCAUCUUAUAUUUAAACAAGGAAUGAAAAAAUUACCUAAAGAAGCUGUUAGAAUCAAAAUUUGUAUGGAUGCUGCAAGAGGAAUUGAAUACCUUCAUCAAAAUGGGAUAUUACAUAGAGAUAUUAAACCAGAUAAUCUUCUUAUAUUCUCAUUAGAUAAAAAUGUUCCUGUAUUUGCUAAAAUAACAGAUUUUGGGUCAUCAAGAAAUAUCAAUUCAAUGAUGACUAAUAUGACUUUUACUAAAGGUAUUGGCACACCAGUUUAUAUGGCUCCUGAAGUACUUGAUCAAAGUAGAUAUAAAACAGCUGCAGAUGUAUUUUCAUUAUCUGUAACAAUGUUUGAAACAAUGAAAUGGGGACCUGCCUAUCCAAAAGAACAAUUUAAAUAUCCAUGGCAAAUUGCACAAUUUGUUUCUGAUAAAAAACGUCCUUCUAAACCAGAUAAUAUGAGGCAAGAAAUUUAUGAUAUUAUUUCCAAUGGAUGGUUAGAUGAUAGUAGGCAUAGAUCAAGUAUAGAAACUAUUGUCCAACAAUUGGGAAAGUACAAUACAGUUUAUCAAUAA